AUGUGGCCCCCCCGCUUCCCCCCUCCCCGCCCCGGGAUGUCGGAAGAAACCAGGCAGAGCAAAUUGGCUGCGGCCAAGAAAAAGCUGAGAGAGUAUCAGCAGAAGAACAGCCUGGGUGUCCCUGCAGGAGCAAAGAAGAAGAAAAAGAUUAAAAAUGGCGAUAGCCCAGAGAGACCCACUGCCAGUGACUGUCAGUCACCAGAGAAUAUUCAGGACAUUCUGAAGGUGUUGGUGUCCGACCUUAACCGUUCCAAUGGGGUCUCACUCCCCCCAUUAGACAAGAGGAAGAUGCCCACAGACCAUACUGCUCCUGUGCUGCCAACCACUGCUACUGACACUAUGUUUCUCCGUGUCGCCCCUUCUCCCGAUGCUGACCUCACUCAGAGCCAUGAUGCUGGCAAUUGUUCUAACCUCAUGGAGGAGACCAAGACUUUCUCAUCGACUGAGAGUCUGCGACAACUUUCUCAACAGCUCAAUGGCCUUGUGUCUGAGUCUACAUCCUACAUCAACGGGGAGGGCCUCACAUCUUCCAACAUGAAGGAACUGGAGAGCCGGUAUCAAGAGCUAGCAGUAGCCCUGGACUCCAGCUAUGUAACAAACAAACAACUCAGUAGCACGAUAGAGGAAUUGAAACAACAGAACCAAGACACUCUGGAUCAGCUGGAGAAAGAGAAGAAGGAUUAUCAGCAGAAGCUGGCAAAGGAGCAGGGCUCUCUCAGGGAACAACUGCAGGUUCACAUUCAGACCAUAGGCAUCCUGGUGUCUGAGAAGGCAGAAUUACAGACGGCGCUGGCCCACACUCAGCAAGCAGCCAGGCAGAAAGCAGGAGAGUCGGAGGAUCUUGCCAGCCGACUGCAGUCCUCCCGACAGCGUGUGGGAGAGCUGGAGCGCACACUGUCUACUGUGUCAACGCAACAGAAACAGGCAGACAGGGUAAGACAGGUCGAUUCUCUGGCCAUCAGCAGCUUCCUGGUGGACAGCUCAUGUGUCACUCUGAAAUGUGUUCCUGUCUAUUCCUGGUUCCUUCCUUUCUGCUCUGCCUCUGACCACAGCAAAAGUAACGAGGACCUGAGGCAGCAGAACUCAGAACUGGAAGAGAAACUCAGAGUCCUGGUGGCAGAGAAGGCAGCUGCACAGUUGGGGGUGGAGGAGCUGCAGAAGAAGUUAGAGAUGUCAGAGCUGCUGCUGCAACAGUUCUCUAGCCAAUCUGAGACUGCAGGUGGUAAUGAGCAGUUGCAACAUGCCAUGGAGGAGCGGGCUCAGCUGGAGACCCAUGUUGGCCAGCUGAUGGAGUCACUGAAGCAGCUCCAGGUGGAGAGAGACCAGUAUGCGGAGAACCUGAAAGGAGAAAGUGCCAUGUGGCAGCAGAGGGUUCAGCAAAUGGGGGAGCAGGUGCACACACUGAAGGAAGAGAAGGAGCACAGAGAACGUCAGGUACAAGAGCUGGAGAGCAGCCUGGCCGCACUCCGGAGUCAGAUGGAGGAGCCACCGCCUCCAGAGCCUCCAGCUGGGCCCUCCGAGGCCGAAGAGCGGCUGCAGGGAGAGGUCGAGCAGCUGCAGAAGGAACUGGAGAGGCUGACGGGACAGCUGCGGGCUCAGGUGCAGGACAAUGAGAGCCUGAGCCACCUGAACCGGGAGCAGGAGGGGCGGCUGCUGGAGCUGGAGCGGGAGGCCCAGCGCUGGAGCGAGCAGGCAGAGGAGCGCAAGCAGAUCCUGGAGAGCAUGCAGAGCGACCGUACCACCAUCAGCAGAGCGCUGUCGCAGAAUCGUGAGCUGAAGGAGCAGCUGGCCGAGCUGCAGAAUGGCUUCGUCAGGCUGACCAAUGAGAACAUGGAGAUCACCAGUGCACUGCAGUCAGAGCAGCAUGUCAAGAAGGAGCUGGCCCGGAAGCUGGGGGAGCUGCAGGAGAGGCUGGGAGAGCUGAAGGAGACGGUGGAGCUCAAGAGCCAAGAAGCACAGGGUCUGCAGGAACAGCGAGACCAGUGCCUGUCCCACCUGCAGCAGUACGCUGCUGCCUACCAGCAGCACUUGGCGGCCUAUGAGCAGCUGACCUCUGAGAAGGAGGCCCUGCAUAAGCAGCUUCUGCUGCAGACACAGCUCAUGGACCAGCUGCAGCACGAGGAGGUACAGGGCAAGAUGGCAGCCGAGCUGGCCCGCCAGGAGCUGCAGGAGGCCCAGGAGCGCCUAAAAGCUACCAGCCAGGAGAACCAGCAGCUCCAAGCCCAGCUGAGCCUCGUGGCCCUCCCCGGGGAAGGAGAUGUGGACCAGGAGGAACAAGAUGAGGAGGUUCCUCAGUCGAGUCUGACCAUCCCAGAAGACCUAGACAGUAGAGAGGCCAUGGUGGCAUUCUUUAAUGCAGCUAUAGCCAGAGCAGAGGAAGAGCAGGCCCGACUACGUGUGCAGCUGAGAGAGCAGAAGGCACGUUGCCGGAGUUUGUCUCACUUGGCAGCCCCAGUCCAAAGCAAGCUUGAAAAGGAGGCAGUGGUCCCCAGGAAUGUGGGUGACUCUGCGUCUGAGGAGAGCAGUCAGGCCCUACAUGUAGCCAUGGAGAAGCUGCAGAGCCGCUUCCUGGAGGUCAUGCAGGAGAAAGUGGAGCUCAAGGAGAGGGUAGAGGAGCUUGAACAUUGCUGCAUCCAGCUUUCUGGGGAGACAGACACCAUUGGAGAGUACAUCGCCCUCUACCAAAACCAGAGGGCAGUGCUGAAGGCUCGACAUUUGGAGAAGGAAGAAUACAUCAGCCGGCUGGCUCAGGACAAGGAGGAGAUGAAGGUGAAGCUGCUGGAGCUCCAGGAGCUGGUGUUGAGGCUUGUGAACGAGCGCAAUGAAUGGCAGGGCAAGUUCCUGGCCAUCUCUCAGAACCCUGGUGACAUGCUCACCCCAGUGCCCACGGGCUCCCAGGAAUUUGGUGCUGCUGACCAGCAGGGUGACCUCAGGGAGGUGAGCCUGGCUGAUGAUAUAGAGCCUGCACAAGGAGAGGCAGGGGUACCUGCUGCCCAUGAGAACCCCACUGCACAGCAGAUCAUGCAGCUGCUGCGUGAGAUCCAGAACCCGCAGGAGCGGCCAGGCCUCGGUAGCAACCCUUGCAUCCCCUUUUUCUACCGUGCCGAUGAGAACGACGAGGUGAAGAUCAUGGUUGUAUAAAAGACUGGCGGCCAAAGCCUCGGCAAGGGCAGCCAAAGGUUCUGCCCCAACCCACACCCUUCCUCAGCUACCCUUAUCCUUAUAAUAAGGUCAGACUCCACCCCCUCCAGGGGCUAGGGAAGUAGCUCAGUUAGUCGAGUGCUUGCCUGCUGUGUACACAGCCUUGGGUCCCCAGUACCUCUGAAAAGGCUAAUACCUGUAAUUUGAGUGCUUGGGAAGUGGAGGUGGGAGAAUUGGCCAUCCUCAUCUACCUAGUGAGUUUGAGGCCACACUGGGCUACGUGAGACCCUUUCUGAAAACCAAAAGAUCAAGCUCCUAUCUUAAUGGGGGAUACAGACUGGUACAGAUCUGCCUCUUAGCCAGGGCAGUUUUACUUUGUAAAUUCCUGUUAGAGAAAGAGCGCCAGAGGCUCAGUGAUGGAGCAGACUGUGCUGGGUGGCCUGGGGGCUUUCUCAUCAAGGAGGGCCUUACUCAGGACUCUGGGGCAGAACCGUCUGGCAGCAGUCUCAUGCCCAGGUGCAGCGCAGGCUGGUAGACCGGCCUAGCAUUCAGCAGGGCUUCUAAGUUUUCACCGCUGCUCAGUCCUCCCUAGCCUCCUUUUCCUCCCCUCCCCCAUUUUAUCUUCAUUUUCUUUACGUAGUGUUUCCCGUAGCCCGAGCUGAUCCCCUGCCUCACCGCUGUGCCUGGUGGUUGGCAGUGCUAAGCAGGCACUCUACCAAGUGAUUUACCCCCAGCACUCCCUGCCUUCUUCCUUUGUGUGGUGAUGCUGGGGAUGGAACCCAGGGCACAGCACGUCCCCAGACCAACUCCCAUCUUCUCAGAGGCACUUUAGGGCAGUGGGGCUGGGCAGCACUUCGUGGGUCCUCAGGCAGUUGGGGCUAACUGCCUCAGGAAGGCAUCCCACUUUGGAGGGCUUCCAUCUUUUUGAGGCACUUUGGGACAGGGAAAGUGGGUACCAUUCUCUCAGGCCUUAUGACAAUUGGGGUAACUACGCCAAGCAGGACAGAGGCUGCUGGGCGGGGUGGGCUUCCCCUCCCCCGGUGUACAUAUUGUACCUGUGUACUAUUUUGUAUAUUCCGGGGUAGGGACACCCCUGUAUCAUAGUGGAGGUUGGAGCUGGCAAGUGGGGAAGAGCUUCUAAUAAUCAUUUUGGGCUGGGAAACUUAUUUAUUGGUAGUGUUAGGUCAGGGGCAGGAGGCGGAGACAAGGUUGUGGCACCUGCUGAUGCAGCUCCUCUUUAUUUUGCUUUUUACUUGGGAAAUAAAUGGAUUUAGCCAUA